AUGGAUAAUUUGGGUAACGAGAUAAAGAGACUUAAUGUCACUGAUGGUGGAAAUUCAAUAGGAACUCCACCACCAGGACCCCUACCCAAUUCUCCACCAGUAGGCACCCUUGCCAGUACUCCACCGCCAGGAACUCUACCGCCAGGAACUCUACCGCCAGGAACUCCACCGCCAGGAACUCCACCGCCAGGAACUCCACCGCCAGGAACUCCACCGCCAGGAGCUUCAUCGGGUUCACCAAUAGGACCUAUUGGCCCGCAGGAUAUUAUUGACCAGCCUAGGAAUAAACGAGGCACUCGGGCUGGGUGGAGGGCCCGGGAGAAUAUGGCAAUGCAGUACCUCAACCGCCUUCAAUGUAUGGCCUCCAAAUCUCUGGCUGGUCAAGCUCUGCGGGCCAGACAUAGACAUCGGGCAUGGAAAGCAGGUCGUGGCAACUGGGGUGGUCACGGUGGUGACUGGGAUGGCCAUGGUAGUCACCGAGGGCGCUUUUAUUCCGGUUUAAUAAUGCCCGAUAUAAUAGCCGCCGCAUGUCAACAAAGAUCACACGCGGUCGUUUGUCGUUCGCCGCCGGGUAGACUGUUUCGCGUCGGGAUAUCAGUCGUCGUUUCGUCAGUAUUCUAUCGUGAAUUCGUGCCGCCGGAUGAGAAAAAUGCAUCCAUGGAGGAUAUGAAGAAGACCACUUGGUGUACCAGUCAAUCUGACACUCUUCCUGAUAAUGGUACGAAAACGUGUGUAUCAGAUACAGGCUCUCAAAGUUCCAAAAUAGAGGCAAUGCAAGCGGCUGAAGCCAAGCUAGUUCAACGACGUCGGACUCCUUACAGUCAACCAAUCGCACUAUCUGCCAAUACUUCAAUGGCCAAAGAACUCAAUUUCAGCAAAGAUUCUGAGGAUUUUGACAAAAUCUCAAAAUAG